AUUAGUCUGGAUUUAUACUGUCCUGGUCAUGUAUUUAUGUAGACAUCAAAUGUUAGUAAAAAUUUUAUGAAAAUCGGUUGUCCAUUUUUGUAUACCUGUAAUAACAAGAUGUAUAAACGAAUCUUGAAUUUAUUUGCUCUUUUGCUGUAUCCAGUGUAUUCCCUUGGUGAAAUUAGCUUACCAACUGAAGUGAUUGUUUCGACAGAACUCGGACAGAUUAAAGGUUUACAGAUGGAUACAAAUGGCAUAGCCGUGCAAAGUUUCAUCGCGAUUCCGUAUGCUGAACCACCAAAGAGAUUCGAAAAACCGAAACCACUGAAAUCUUGGGGAGGUAUCAUAGACGGCACAAUAACAGGGGGAAGAAUUUGCAGCCAAGUUAUUGCCGACUGGAUGGUCGAUUUUCUCCCAAGUGGAGAUAUAAGUGAAGAUUGUCUUUUACUAGACUUAUUUGUUCCGGUGUCAGACACAACUUCUAGCAAAUCGGUAGUUAUUUGGUUUGCCGGUGAAAAAUUUGAGUCUGGUCAGAGAGGACUUCUACCAACGUCAGAUUUAGUUUUGUACGGUGACGUGAUUAACGUAGUUGUAGCGUUUCGAUUGGGUGUGUUCGGAUUCCUGUCAACUGGGGAUUCUGUUAUUCCUGGAAACUUUGGAUUAUGGGACCAGAAAAUGGCAAUAGAAUGGGUUAAGUCCAAUAUACAAGCAUUUGGUGGUGAUCCAUCUCGGAUAACAUUAGGAGGCUUUCAAUCUACUGGACUAUGUACCACUUUACAAGCAAGCACUCCUUUAAAUUUUGGAAACUUCCAAAGAAUCAUGCUUUUCUCUACGGUUGCUAAUACACAUGGGGCUAUAUGGAAAGAAGCAGAAGAAUACUCACAAACUCUGGCAAAUCAGUUAUGCCCCGAUGCGUCUCAAAAUAGUGUGGUGUUUACUUCACAGCAAAUAUAUGAUUGUUUAAUGUCUAAAACUGAAAGUGAAAUUUUAGAAAAAGGGUCCAUUGCGAAUGGUGUUGUUUCCACUUAUUCGGACACAUUUUGGUAUAAUUUUGGACCCGUUGUCGACAAUGAAUUUAUUCUUCCUGCAACUGACUUUAAAUCUCUAAUACCUGUAGAUGUUUUGAGCACGUUAUCUGAAUAUGAAAAUUUCAUCAAUGUUUACGAACAAUUAGCACCAUUACAAAGUCAAUAUAACUUUGAAACAAACCAGAAGGUACCAAAGACUGUGUUGUGCAAUCAUUACAUUCCAAAUAUCAUCUCUCCAUUUUAUCAAACCACAAAAAUAGACGACCUUAAAAAAAUGAUAUGCGACUGGUACUCGUCUAGCGAUGAAAAAGAGCAAAGUCGUAAUGUUCUUAGAGCAAUAGGAGAUUUCUUUACAUAUGCACCGGUAACAGAUUUACUGAAUACACAUUUAAAAACACAUUCAAAUAAGGAAGUUUAUCUUUCUUUCUGGUCAGAGUUAUCGCCAGCAAAUACAUUUAUGCAAGGCAAUGAAUGGAUGAAUGGAACUAUCGAUGUUGACGGAAUGUUGUACUUAUUGCAGACAAAAUCUUUACAUAGUUCUAACCCUGAUAUGUUUCCAGACUUUCUUAUAUCUCUUACAGACUCUGCUAUAAAAUAUUACAGCAACUUCAUCAACACCGGAAACCCGAAUGAUGACCAACUGACACAAACAUGGCCACAGUAUUUACCAGACGACAAAGCAUUUCUGAAAAUGUCGGUACAAAUGUCAACCGGCUCUAAUCUCUUUCAAGACAGAGUAAACUUCUGGUUAAACGAUGUACCACACUUCUUGAAUCCGACAACGACGACAUCAACAUCAACAACAACAACAACUACUACUACUACCACUUCUACUACUACAACACCAAAGCCAGAUACAAAAACGACGAAACGUCCACUUGUUAUACCAAAAUCGACAACUGUCAAGUACGACCCAUCGAAUUCGUCGGUUAAAACAACGCACUUACCAGAACUUUUGUUUGCAUCAUUUAUGAUUAUGUUGUUUGUCGAGUAUUUCUGAUUUGUUAUUCCUUUAUGGUAGUUUAAGAAACCAGAAGCAAUUUUUGCAAGAAACAAUAAAUGUGUAUUUUUUUCUUUAAUAUUUCGUUUUCCUAUUAUUUAAAGGUAUUUUAAAAUUUUCCAUUCGAUCGGUCUUUUUUUUUAAUUGGAGAAGUGCGGCACAUAUCAAAUGCUGUCUUCUUAUAACUCUGUAUAUCUAUACACACAAGAAUUUGUCAGAAAAAGUGAAAUGACCUAGAAAUGAUUAAAGAUUUUUGUUUCUUCAUUUUCCAUAGUUUAACCUUUAUAUGUUUUAGACAUGAUGACAUGUAUGAUAUUUGAAACCUGGGACAUCAUAUGAUUUAUAAAUAUUUUUUUCUAAAGUAUAAUUAUAUUCAAAAAGUUUAAUAUUAAUAUAUAUAUACGUAUUUACUAUUUGUUAAAUUUUAUAAUGACUUUAUUUUCUGAAAUGACCUCUUUCCUGUGACUUUGUAUCCGUAACUUUUUUCCCUACGUGUACAUUCAUUUAUCUUAUUUCAACAGAGAAUAAAGAUGAUAUAACCAAGAAUAGCUCACUGUAUGAUCUUCAAUAAUAAGAAAUUUCGUACCGUAUAUAUACGGCUUAUACGGCUAUAUACGGCUAUAUAAGGUCAUAUAAGGCCCUGACAUGAAAAUGUGAAAGACUUCAAGAGAAAAAGCUAACGGUAAAACUUAAAACUAUUAUUACUUACAAUUAUAAUACUAGUAAUUGAUUCAUAUUAAAAGUUUUGCUUAAUAAAAUUUAAAGCUCAUCACUACAGUAUGUGAUAUUUUAAACCAUAUAUCAAUGCACAUUCAUGCAAGCGCUGUAAAGAUAGGAAAAGAAGUUAGUGCUUUAUGUUACUAACUAGGUGGUAUUGAGAAUGAAUUUUAUUUCCUUUAAAAUGAACAAAUAUGACAUACAAAAAAAUGAUACAGUAUACUCAAAGGUAUAUUUAUACAAUUGAAUCUGUUUUUACAAUUGUUUAACCGGCAUCAAUUAACGUGGAAUGUAAUAAAAUAUUGAUUUGCAAUAUUUUCUCUGUAUACGCCACUGUUAUAUGCAUAUAAUUACAUUAGAUGUAUGUUUUGUUAUUCUGAUUGGCUAACUGGCAAUCUCGUGAUAUUCCGUAAUCAAUUGCAUUACACAAUGCAACUUUUCAUACAUGAUGACACGAGGUCCCACAAUAAAGUGCACAGGUAAAUGAAAUAAAAACUUGAUAAAAGGCGUGCUUUUAUGAUCCUAUUGGUAAAAAUGUAAUUAUAAGUAAUGAAUGCUUUUUUUUGUAACUUUAUAGGGUUGUAAAAGCGUUCACCAUGCGCACAUUUUUAGUAUGAAGCGCUUCCGCGCUUCAUACAAAAUGUACUUCGGUCAACGCUUUUACACCCAAAUAAAUUUACAAAAAAGAGCAUUCAAUUCUUAAGUAAUUUUCUUGUCUACAGUUGUUCUGCAAUAAUGUGUAUGUAUAUAUUCUAUGACAAUAGUAUGCACAUAUAAGCUUUGUUGUUUUCUAUAAGAAUAAAGUAAAAUCACUCUUAUAUCUGUUGCAUUAUUUUUUUACAAAUAUUAUUACUAAAUUUAUAAUCAUUUUUUUUUUGCCUUAAAAGGCCAAAGUUUAAGAAAAAUAAAAUCAUACUUUCUGAAAUUCUAUUUUCUUUUUGUCACAAUAAUAAGUAUCAUUCCCAGCAGAAAGCACGAUAAGAACAGAAAUAAGUAUCAUUCCCCGCAGGAAGCACGAUAAGAACAAAGAUAAGUACCGAUAUCUCGAUUUACUAUAUCGGCUUUAUCCCAAUUUAUGAAGUCCAAUUUUUUAUGUUAAUUCAUGUCAGCUCAAAUAUUUGCCCAAAAUCCUAACACAUUGC